AUGGAACACUUCAGUCAUGAGGGCCACAUCACCGCUUUCAGUCUGCUCACCACAUCCUGCCCCAUCCUGCCCCAUCCUGCCCUAUCCUGCCCCAUCCUGCCCCAUCAUGCCCCCUCCUGCCCCAUCCUGCCCCAUCCUGCCCCUUCCUGCCCCAUCCUGCCCCGUCCUGCCCCCUCCUGCCCCAUCCUGCCCCAUCCUGCCCCUUCCUGCCCCAGUCUGCUCACCGCAUCCUGCCCUAGCCUGCUGUGUCCUGCCCCCUCCUGCCCCGUCCUGCCUGCCCCUUCCUGCCCCCUCCUGCCCCAUCCUGCCCCAUCCUGCCCCGUCCUGCCCCCUCCUGCCCCAUCCUGCCCCGUCCUGCCCCAUCCUGCCCCAUCAGGCUUCAUCCUGCCCCAUCAUGCCCCUUCCUGCCUGAUGGGCAACAGAGGCAGGGGCAACUUCGGGUCCCCUCCACCAAGCUAA